CGGACUGCGCUACUAACACAAAAGUAGCCUCACUGGAGCCACAAACCCCCCCCCAAGAAGAAGAAGAUUAAGCUGAAUACGUUGUAAACAUCACUAUAUUGGACAUGCAUUUCAGAUAAACCGGGCCCCUGGUUCGGAAAUGUGAGUGUCGGGUUAUAAGUAUUUCUUCUGUAAAAUCAAAAAUGGAAACAGUGCCGAAAGAUCUCCAUGGUUUAAGAGCGUGCUUAGUUUGUUCAAUAAUUAAGACGUUUGACCAAUUCGAACUCGACGGAUGCGAAAAUUGUGAUGAAUUUCUAAGAAUGAAGAAUAACAAGGAUAAUGUAUUUGAUUGCACCAGUUCCAAUUUUGAUGGAAUGAUUGCUGCAAUGAGUCCUGAAGAAAGUUGGGUGUCCAAAUGGCAAAGGAUCAAUCGAUUCCAAAAAGGUGUUUAUGCGAUUUCAGUAUCUGGACGAUUACCAGCUGGUGUCAUCAGAGAUAUGAAAAGUAGGGGAAUUAACUAUAGGUCGCGGGAUACAAGUCAGCGAUGAUAUUCCAUUGACGAGCCUAUGAACCAAGAUACACCUUAUAAUUAGUACAUAAAACUUUGCUCAUAAAACAAUAACACAGCAAAAAUUAGUUUUUCAGUACAUUUACUAGUAAGAACUAGAAUUUGUCUUGUGAACUGUAUUUAAACUUAUGUUUUAUUUUGAACAGAUUUGUAACUUUUAGGUACACAUUGCUUUGUAUAGAUACACACGUAACACACGCUAAACGUUUUUUAAUCAUCUCUGUUAUAUUUUUUGACAACAAACACUAACUUCGCAUUUUUUUAAUGUGGUCAGCGAUUCUGUAACUUUUUUUGUUUCAUUUUAUAAUAAACAAUUGUACAAAAGUUCGUGUGCAAGGUAUGUUUGCCCAUAGUCA